AUGAGAAGAUACCUUACUAGGCAGAUUCUUUUCAAACACAGAGAUAGGUUCCCCACCAAACUGGUGCGUAAACUGUCAGUCAGGGCCUCCCAUCAAGAGUUUCUUAUCUUGAAUCCAAAACCAAGCCGCCGGAACAGAGUGAAACAACAUCUCCAAGAGCAUGAGUUUCAGUUCUUCCGGAAUGAAACAAGACGGGUUCAGAUGUCAAAUCCAACUGGAGCUCAUCCACUAAAACCUGUAAAAGAACACAAUAAAGCUUGGGAAAGAGCUACAAUAGUACAGAUUAGACAUCUUCGGAGGUACACGGAGCGACAAAGGGAAAAUAGCUCCGUCCAAAAUCCAACCCUAAAAGCCGACCUCCGUAAACGGCACCUUCCCGACUCAACUCGCUGUGACUCCAGAAGCUCGGAAACCGUACUACACGGCCAGAUCUGA